AUGAGGCUCUUGCUGUUGCUUUCAGUCCUUGGGGGAUGCUGGGCACAGUAUGAUCCCCAUACCCAGUAUGGUCGAACAUCUAUUGUCCACUUAUUUGAAUGGCGCUGGGAUGACAUUGCUCUUGAAUGUGAGCGCUACCUAGCUCCUAAUGGCUAUGGGGGUGUUCAGAUCUCACCUCCAAAUGAGAAUGUAGUGAUCAGUAACCCUUCAAGACCUUGGUGGGAAAGAUACCAGCCUAUUAGCUACAAGAUAUGCACAAGGUCCGGAAAUGAAGAUCAAUUCAGAGACAUGGUGAAGAGAUGCAACAAUGUGGGAGUGCGUAUUUAUGUGGAUGCUGUAGUGAAUCAUAUGUGUGGGAAUGGUGUGAGUGCUGGAACAAGUAGCACUUGUGGGAGUUACUUUAAUCCUGGAUCAAGAGAAUUUUCUGCUGUGCCAUACUCUGCCUGGGAUUUUAAUGAUGGUAAAUGUAAAACCAGCAGUGGGGAAAUUGAAAGCUACAAUGAUAUCUAUCAGGUUAGAGACUGUCGUUUGGUUGGUCUUCUUGAUCUUGCCCUGGAGAAAGAUUAUGUGCGAACCAAGAUUGCUGAGUAUUUGAACCACUUGAUUGACAUUGGGGUGGCUGGAUUCAGAAUUGAUGCUUCCAAACAUAUGUGGCCUGGAGACAUGAAGGCAUUUCUGGAUAAACUGAACAACUUAAAUACAAACUGGUUCCCUGAAGGAGCCAGACCAUUCAUUUACCAGGAGGUAAUCGAUCUAGGUGGUGAGUCAAUUCAAAGCAGUGACUACUUUGGAAAUGGUCGGGUUACAGAAUUCAAAUAUGGUGCAAAACUGGGCACAGUUAUACGCAAGUGGAAUGGAGAAAAGAUGGCUUAUUUGAAGAACUGGGGAGAAGGUUGGGCCUUCAUGCCUUCUAACAGAGCACUUGUCUUUGUGGAUAAUCAUGACAACCAAAGGGGCCAUGGAGCUGGAGGAGCUUCCAUUCUUACCUUCUGGGAUGCCAGACUCUAUAAAAUGGCAGUUGGAUUUAUGCUUGCUCAUCCUUAUGGAGUAACAAGAGUGAUGUCAAGCUUCAGGUGGCCAAGAUACUUUGAGAAUGGAAAGGAUGUUAAUGAUUGGGUUGGACCACCCAAUGACAAUGGAGCAAUUAAACGAGUAACUAUCAAUGAAGACACUACUUGUGGCAAUGACUGGGUUUGUGAACACAGAUGGCGUCAAAUAAGGAAUAUGGUUAUUUUCCGUAAUGUUGUUGAUGGACAGUCUUUUACAAAUUGGUGGGAUAAUGGAAGUAACCAGGUGGCUUUUGGUAGAGGGAAUAAAGGAUUCAUCAUAUUUAACAAUGAUGACUGGGCAUUGUCAGUAACUCUGCAAACUGGACUUCCUGCUGGAACCUAUUGUGACGUCAUUUCUGGAGAUAAAAUCGAUAACCACUGUACAGGAAAUCAAAUUUAUGUUUCUAGUGAUGGUCGUGCUUCCUUCAGUAUUAGCAACACUGCUGAAGAUCCAUUCAUUGCCAUCCAUGUAGAUGCUAAAUUGUAAAUUGCAUUUCCAUAAAUAACAAGCAAAAAAAAAAUAUGAUGGCCAAUUCCCUCCUGAUAAGAAUAUAGUUGUAUUAAAAAUCAUGAAAUUCUAUGCUAAAUUAUAUAAAAACUACUAUCAAAAUAAUCCCAACAGCUUAACAUUUGAAGCACAUCUUUAUGCAAUAAUUAGAAUGUAAUGAUUACAUCCUCU